UCCAGCACCUCAGAUUUCUCAUUCCUGAGCCUGAACUCUCUGACUCUCAGCUAGCCUGUGACAUAGUCAUGCUUGUCCCCAUUCUAUAGACGUGAAACUGAGGUUCAGCGAGGCUGCAUGACUUGUUCAAAGGCAUCUAGCCAGUGGAGGGGAAGGUGAUGCCUCCCUGGCAUCUACAGAGCCUCUGUGCUAUUGACCUGCAUGCUCUGUUGUGCUGUGGGUGUGUGUGGGAGAGUGUGGGGUGUGCGUGGGCAGGUCGCUGCUAUGAAAGAACCUUGGGAUCAUUGGAGCAUGAAUGUGUGAUCCCGUGAGGGGGCAGCAGGGUUUUCAUUCUCACUCCCAGGUUGGGCUCAUAUGUCCAACUUCCCAGACACAUCUGAUUCAGGGGAGGGACCGGCUCCCCUGCCCCCAUCACCCCAGCCGGCCAGCAGGUCCAGAGACCUGGCUCUCGCUGGGCUGGGGGAUUAUCCCCAUUCUCUGUGUCUCUGGCCAGGGCGGGCAUUGCUGCCUCUUUUAUCCUCUCACAAAGGCCAGGCCCGCCGGGCCUGCUGUGUCAGAGUUUCUGUGGCCGGGGGAAGCCUUACUUCCUUUUCUCCCGCCAAGCCCAGAGGGCCACGCAGAGUCUGCCAGCUUGCCGGGGGCCACUGCUCUAGCUCCAGGACAGGUGAAAGGCACAUGGGUGACUCAGCCCCAGGAACAAAAGGCUGAGGGGUCACUCAUGGAAGGACAGAGAGAGAGAGAGCUCCUCUUCAAGAGAGAGGAUAUUACUGCAGCAUGAGGUCUGUAGGGUAGACUUAAGGAAGGACUUCCAGUUAGAACUGGACAACAGGAAGCAGGGGUGGGACCAACUGGCUCCCGUUAUUGAGAAAUCAUCAGUGAUCCACAAGUUUGGUUUGAAUGUCCGCCAUAUUCUGGCUACACAGGUUGCCGGCUCCAGUCCCAGGUUAGGGAGUUCUGCAAGAUAGGAAAAGGAGCGGAGUUCUUCUAGAAAGGUGCUAGGUAGGUAACUCAUAACGUCCAAACAUUUUGAGCUCCCAGUCUUCUGGGUAGGGCAGGAGGCAUAGGUGGGAGGGUUCAUAGUACUACAGAAUUAACCCUUCUUUCUCCUCCCCUCACAGGUUGGUUUUUGGAGUAGUCCCUGCUGAUGUGACAAAAAGAUCUCUCAUGUGAUAUUCUGAGGUACCUUUGAGGAAGUCUCUCUUUGAGGACCUCCCUUUGAGCUGAUGGAGAACUGGGCUCCCCACACCCUCUCUGUCCCCAGCUGAGAUUAUGGUGGAUUUGGGCUACGGCCCAGGCCUGGGCCUCCUGCUGCUGACCCAGCCCCGGAGGUGUUAGCAAAAGCCGUGUGCUGUCCACCCUCCCUGAGACCACCCCUCCGACCAGGGGCCUGGAGCUGGCGUGUGACUAUGCGGCUUGGGCUGUGCGUGGUGGCCCUGGUUCUGAGCUGGACGCACCUCACCAUCGGCAGCCGGGGGAUCAAGGGGAAAAGGCAGAGGCGGAUCAGUGCCGAGGGGAGCCAGGCCUGUGCCAAAGGCUGUGAGCUCUGCUCUGAAGUCAACGGCUGCCUCAAGUGCUCGCCCAAGCUGUUCAUCCUGCUGGAGAGGAACGACAUCCGCCAGGUGGGUGUCUGCUUGCCGUCCUGCCCACCUGGAUACUUCGACGCCCGCAACCCCGACAUGAACAAGUGCAUCAAAUGCAAGAUCGAGCACUGUGAGGCCUGCUUCAGCCAUAACUUCUGCACUAAGUGUAAGGAGGGAUUGUACCUGCACAAGGGCCGCUGCUAUCCAGCCUGUCCCGAGGGCUCCUCAGCUGCCAAUGGCACCAUGGAGUGCAGUAGUCCUGCGCAAUGUGAAAUGAGCGAAUGGUCCCCAUGGGGGCCCUGCUCCAAGAAGAAGAAGCUCUGUGGUUUCCGGAGGGGCUCCGAGGAGCGGACACGCAGGGUUCUCAAUGCCCCUGGAGGGGACCAUGCUGCCUGCUCUGACACCAAGGAGACCCGGAGGUGCACAGUGAGGAGGGUGCCGUGUCCUGAGGGGCAGAAGAGGAGGAAGGGAGGCCAGGGCCGGCGGGAGAAUGCCAACAGGAACCUGGCCAGGAAGGAGAGCAAGGAGGCGGGCACUGGCUCUCGAAGACGCAAGGGGCAGCAGCAGCAAGGGACGGUGGGGCCGCUCACAUCUGCAGGGCCCGCCUAGGGACACUGUCCAGCCCCCAGGCCCAUGCAGGAAGAGUUCAGUGCUGCUCUGUGUGAUUAAAGCUUUCCUGAACUGGAACAUCGGGGGCAAAGCAUACACACACGCUCCAAUCCAUCCAUGCAUACAUAGACACAAGACACACACACUCAAACCCCUAUCCACAUAUACAACCACACAUACUUGCACACAUGUGUGUGCAUGUAUACACACACACAGAUACCACACACACACAUACACACACACACCCCUGAGGCCACCAGAAGACACUUCCAUCCCUCGGGUCCAGCAGUACACUCUUGGUUUCCGAAGCUCGCUGUGGCCGUGUCAGAGACAACACUUCCCAGCAUCUGAGACCAAACUGCAGAGGGGAGCCUUCUGGAGAAGCUGCUGGGAUUGGACUAGCUAGUGUGGCAGAUGGGAGCCAAGCUUGAGGACUGCUGGUGACCUGGGGAGAAGCCUUCUUCCCAUCCCGUUCAGCACUCCCAGCUGUGUGACUUUAUCGUUGGAGAGUGUUGUUACUCUUCCAUGAUACGUAUCAGGGCUAACGUGACUCUGAAAACUGCCUUAAAGGUUUAUUUCAAAUUAAAACAAAAAAAAAUCAACGACAGCAGUAGACACAGGCACCACAUUCCUUUGCAGGGUGUGAGGGUUUGGCAAGGUAUGCGUGGGAGCAAGAAGAGACAGGGAAUUUCAAGAGACCCCAAAUAGCCUGCUCAGCAGAGGGUCGUGCAGAGAAGGAAGAAAACGUAGGGGCUGCUCUGAGGGUGGUAAACAGGCAGUCUAUAUCCUUGUUACUCAGAGCAUGGACCGGCAGCAGUGUCGUCACAGGGCAGCUUGUUAGGAAUGAGAAUCUCAGGUCUCAUUCCAGACCUGGUGAGCCAGAGUCUGAAUUUCAACAAGAUUCCUGAUGAUUGGCGUGUUAUAUAAAUGUGAGAAGUGCUGCUCUAAUUCUCCUUAAAGAAUGGGAGAAAGGGCCCUGGCCAUGUUGCAGCAGGAGGGAUUCUGGUCAUCUAUAAAGGAGGACUUUCCAUCUGGGAGAGGCAGAAUCUAUAUACGGAAGGGCUAGUGGCACUGCCGGGGGAAGGGAGUGCAUAGGCUUCCAGUGAUGGUUGGGGACAGUCCUGCCCAAAGGCAGGGCAAUGGAUGGAAUAACUCCUUGUGGCAUUCUGAAGUGUGUGCCAGGCUCUGGACCAGGUGCUAGGUUUCCAGGGAGGAGCCAAACACAGGCCUUGCUCUUGUGGAGCUUAGAGGUUGGUGGGGAAGAAGACAGGCAUGCACCGAGGAAUCGUACAAACACAUAUGUAACUACAAAAGGAUGGUGCCAAGGGCAGGUGACCACUGGCAUCUGUGCAUAGCUAUGAAAGUUAAUAAAACAGAAUAAAAAUAAAAUACUUUCUCUCAGG